AUGGUGUCAGUACGGACGUCCCGGAUCUCACGUCAAGUUGUAUCCUGUUCUGUGACUUCUACUGCUACAGAGAAGGUUCAAACCUGUUCGCCUGAUUCGCCUGGUUCGCCUGAUUCCCCCGAGUCGCCUGGUUCACCUGAUUCCCCCGAGUCGCCUGGUUCACCUGAUUCCCCCGAGUCGCCUGGUUCACCUGAUUCCCCCGAGUCGCCUGGUUCACCUGAUUCACCCGAGUCGCCUGGUUCACCUGAUUCACCCGAGUCGUCUGGUUCACCUGAUUCACCCGAGUCGCCUGGUUCACCUGAUUCACCCGAGUCGUCUGGUUCACCUGAUUCACCCGAGUCGUCUGGUUCACCUGAUUCACCCGAGUCGUCUGGUUCACCUGAUUCACCCGAGUCGUCUGGUUCACCUGAUUCACCCGAGUCGUCUGGUUCACCUGAUUCACCCGAGUCGUCUGGUUCACCUGAUUCACCCGAGUCGUCUGGUUCACCUGAUUCACCCGAGUCGUCUGGUUCACCUGAUUCACCCGAGUCGUCUGGUUCACCUGAUUCACCCGAGUCGUCUGGUUCACCUGAUUCACCCGAGUCGUCUGGUUCACCUGAUUCACCCGAGUCGUCUGGUUCACCUGAUUCACCCGAGUCGUCUGGUUCACCUGAUUCACCCGAGUCGUCUGGUUCACCUGAUUCACCUGAUUCACCUUCACGUCCUGUCCAGUUGGAGGGUCUAAAGCACCUUCAUCACCACCCUGGUCAGCGGAAGCUUCUCCAAGUUUUUUUGGGGGACACAGGAGGGAGGCAGAGGACACCGAGGAGGAGGCUGAGGUGUUCCCAGAUCCCAGCCUGCCUCACGACCCUGGUCCAUUUCUGCCCCAUGACCAAGUUCCACGUCUGCCCCAUGGCCCAGUUCCACGUCUGCCCCAUGACCCAGUUCCACAUCUGCCCCAUGGCCCAGUUCCAUGUCUGCCCCAUGGCCCAGUUCCAUGUCUGCCCCAUGACCCAGUUCCACGUCUGCCCCAUGACCCAGUUCCACGUCUGCCCCAUGACCCAGUUCCACGUCUGCCCCAUGACCCAGGUCCAAGCCUGCCCCAUGACCCAGGUCCAAGCCUGCCCCAUGACCCAGGUCCAAGCCUGCCCCAUGACCCAGGUCCAAGCUGCCCCAUGACCCAGGACCACGCCUGUCCCUUGACCCUGGACCGUCCUGGCCACACGACCCAGGACCGCCUCUGUCCUCUAGACUACCCCGCCUCAGCCAAAAGGUCCUUUGGGCUCCAAAGAGACAUAAGCCCUUAUCACACAGAGAUUACAGAAAAUACACAGAUACACAAAUACACAAAAUGGCAGGUUCAUCCACACUGCCAAUUAUUUUCUGAAAAAUGUGCGUGC